AUGCAUGGUAUCCCUCCACCAGAUUUCUACAAGGCUAACUGGUAUGCAGCAGUGGAUAAAGAGAAUUCCAAGAUUGGUGUGGGAGUGAUUGUUAGAGAUUCGGGUGGUCUAAUCAUAGCCUCAUUAUGUUCAUCCAUUUCAUUAAGUCCUGAUCCGUUACUUGGGGAAGCAGUAGCAGCACUCGGAGCCUCUUCUUUCUAUUCUGAACUAGGCUUGAACCAGAUCAUGCUAGAAGGAGACUCCUUAGCAGUGAUUCAAGCUGUCCAACACAAGGAUGAAAGUUGGAGCCCCACGGGUCUGGUGAUUAGAGAUAUUAAAAUUGUACUGUCAAAAGUUCAGACUUGGUCUAUCCAUUACAUAUCUAGGAAAUUCAAUGUAAUAGCACAUGCUCUAGCUAAAUUUGCAUUGACAUGUUCGGAGGAACAUAUCUUUAUGGAGGAAUACCUUCCAUGUAUUCAGUAUCUUCUUUAA